AUGGGCUUCUUGAUCUGCUGCGCCCGCCUCCUCCAGCUGCUGCUGCUGCUCCUCACCACCGCCACCCCACCAGUGGCGGCGCAGCCGCCGUCGCCCGCGAGGCCCCUUGACGCGGCGCUGCAGGACUACGCGUUCCGUGCGCUGUCAGCGCGCCCGCGCACCGGCAUUGUCUACAACGCCACCGUGCCGGGCAACCUCACGGGCAUUGCGGCGUCCGCGCUGCGCCUGCGGAGCGGCAGCCUCCGCCGGAGGGGCUUCGCGGGCUACUUCCAGUUCGCGCUCCCGCCGGGCGUCGUUCUGCAGCCGCACGUCGAGCGGGUGGUGCUCGUGUACCACGACCUCGGCAACUGGUCCGACCGCUAUUACCCGCUCCCCGCCGGGUACACCUACCUCGCGCCUGUGCUGGGGCUGCUCGCCUACGACGCGGCCAACCUGUCGGCCGUGGGGCUGCCGGAGCUCAGCAUCGUCGCGUCGGGGGGACCGAUCUCUGUGGCGUUCGGCGGUGUCCGGGCGGUGCCGGCAGGUGGUGUGACUCCGCGGUGCGUGGUGUUCUAUUUGGAUGGCGUGCCGCAGUUCCGGGACCUGGAGGGAACCAAUGUGUGCACGACGUAUCGGCAAGGGCACGUUUCAAUUGUCGUGAAUUCCAGUGAGAUUGCUCCAGCUCCACCUCCAGCUCGGGCUCCACCUCCAGCUGGCGCGAUUGCUCCGCCGAUACCGACUGAGGGAGGUGGUAAGAAGGGGAGCUCAGACGCGUGGAAGAUUGCUGUCGGCGUGGUUGGGGGUGCUGCAGCGUUGGGGCUGUUGGCUGCGCUUCUGCUGUGCUUGGUGAGGUACAAAAGGGAUAAGAAACUUCAGCUCAUGGAGCGGAAUGCGGAGGUUGGGGAGACAUUGCGGAUGGCGCAGGUUGGGCGGACGCAGGCGCCUGUGGCGUUGGGGACGCGGACACAACCGGUGAUUGAGAACAAUUAUGCUGCAUAG